UAAACCAGGUUAUUUUAAGCAUAGGUGUUAUGUUAAUGUUUCAAGAUCCAUAACUCUUGUUAACUGUCAUUGUUGCAAGAUCCAUAACUCUUGUUUAAUACAACUAUAUAACUGGGCAUGCGCGGUUGCUACUUCCUUUUCCUGCUCAAUCCAAAGUUGAUAGGUGGCACAAAUUCAUCUUAGAAAAAAUAUCCAGUGCAUCCAAAGUUGAAGAGAUGUUGAGAGCUAGCAAAGUUAGGACGUCGAAGUCCAAGAGCCCUUAUGCCAGACCUCCCACGAGGGGAGCGGUUGUAGCCUCCCGGGCGUCUACACGGAUGCCAAAUGUGACUUCGUCCUCCAGCGGUCCUUCCACAGUUGCAGUUACCGAGUCUACAGGUAGAAUAUAUGAUAGGAGCCAAAGUUUGCCAGUCCCUGUAGUACAACCAACUGUACAACCUGUUCUAGACCGGGCAAGGGCCCCAUCGGAUCAGACGGUCGAGCCUUCAGUAGCAGGAUCUAGCACCAAUACAGUUUUGGAAGUUUCAUCAGCUGGCUCCUGGGGCGCAGCCUUAUCCUUGUCCAGUUCCUACACAAUUUUUGCAAAUUAUUCAUCAAUUGUAGAGGAUCUAGUAGAAGCUAGUAUUUCUGAGAAUACAAACAAAGUUUAUAAGCAAGGCAUUCAAGCAUUUUUCAAAUAUAGGGUAGAUAAGUCUCUACAACAGUUGUGGCCACCUCCUAUCGACCAUGUUAUCAAUUUUAUUGCAUACAUGUAUGAACGUAAUUGUGCAUUUUCAACUGUUAAGUGUUAUCUGUCAGGUUUGAGUUUUUUCAUAAAUGUUCAUGGUUGGACAAAUCCAGUGGAAUCGUUUUUGAUUAAGAAAUUGCUCAGUGGAUACAAAAGGUCUACAUUAACUAGCGAUAUUAGAAGGCCUAUAACAUUACAAAUGCUCCUCAGUAUCAUAGAUACUUUGCCUCAAGUAACAUAUUCAACAUACGAGGCAAUGCUAUUUCAAUGUGCAUAUUUGUUGGCAUUUUUUGCUUUGCUUAGAGUUAGUGAGGUGGUGUCCCUUCAGUCAAAUUGUGUACAGCUAUUGCAGGACCAGGUUAUUAUCCUUAUCAAAAGCUCCAAGACUGAUCAAUUGUAUCAAGGCUCGUCAGUGAAAGUUCUAAAGCAUGCCCAGUCACAAAUUUUGUUUUUAUUAUUGCAGAAAUUUCUUGUUGUGAGGCAUACUGUAAGAUCAAAUAAAUUUUUCGUGCAUUACAACUCCAAACCUUUAACUCAAUAUCAGUUUUCAAGCAUGCUAAACAGGUGUUUAUCAUUUUUGAACAUGCCUACAUCUAGUGGUGUUUAUAAAUCCCAUUCCUUCAGAAUUGGCGGGGCCACCCAUUUAUAUUUAAGUGGCAUGAAUGAAUCUGAAAUUAAAAUCAUGGGUAGAUGGAAUUCCUCAGCUUACAAAUCAUACAUCAGACCAAUUCUUUAAGUGUAAAUUAUAAUAUGUACUGAUUACAAAU